AUUAGGCAGAUUUACAACAGCAUGACUGCAGGAUCGGCGAAACCUGAGCCCGUCUGGGUCUUCGAGAAAGCGGUCCUCGCGCAAACGCCCGAGUUCAAUGUGGCGUGUGGUGCUCGACUGCGCAUCGCUCACAACCAAAACGACGACCAGGGAUCCAUAUCAAUACGGAUUAAUACAGCUCUAGCUGAGCUUGGAAAGCAAACUCUGAUGCUAAACAUACGGCCUGAUGAGGUUGACAUGUGUACAGUAGUCGCUAAAAGCAAUGACAAGCUCAUACCAGAUCGCAUGUUCUCCAUGGUGCCUGUUCCCGUGACCAGUUCAGCUGCUGUUUCGACACUCAUACUAUGCCUCAAUGGCACAGGUGUCGUCCUAGUGCCUCCAUCGGCCAAUGGCACGACUCUCAGUCCAGCCAUCCCAGAAGAUCCUGAAUAUCAAGCCUUUGCAAAACUCUGCCAGAGCAAAACCAUACAUCUGCAUCUGUCCAAGCAACAGUUCAGAGAUGGUGAUUUGCAUCGACUGCGUACUUUCUCCGGCGCAGUGCGCGCUCGUAUGCUCAAACCUCAAUCUAUCGAUUACAAGCGCCUCAACGCAGGACAUGGCGCCAUCGAGAAAGACUGGCGCAUCUUUGAGCAGACGACAAGUCCCCCACCUUAUUGUGAGCCUGUAUCUACACAGAGUGUGCUUGGAAAACGUUCUCGAGAUGACUCGCCAUCAGAACCACACUCGGCAUCAGCCAUUCUACAUUCGCCUCCACCACCGCCCUGGUCACCUACCGAGAUCAAUACACCAACGACUCGCUCGCCCUCGCCUGCUUACAUCUCUCCUACGAGGUUUACAUACGAGACGAAACAAAGUUACAGAGAAAGGGUUAAAGUGUUGGAGCUACAACGACAGUUGCAUGGUCUGCCCGAUGGCUUAGUGCGCGAAGUCUUGACAGGUUCAGGGCACCAACAUCUACUGGUUCCACCAAUGCCAAGUGUUCCCAAGAACCCAUCGAAGGAUGCAAGUCCGGUUCACGAUGGACAGACCUCCUCGGCGUCUUCCGAUGCUGAGGAGGUUGCCCUAGUCGCUCGAGUCGACAAGAUCAUCGAAGAACGCUUGGGCAGACUGACUAAAGAUGCUUUCAAAUCACUGACUCAGAGGCGUCUAGACGCUCUCGUGGAGUCGCAAUUACCAGUAGCGGCUGAACUGUUCCUCAAUGGCGCAGUAGCAGACCACCGUGACCGGUUCUACGAAGAAUGCAAGACAAGUGAGAUCAAUGUUCGCGAGCACGUUGAGGAAGGCAUCACUGAGGUGCGCGAUGUUACCAACGAAUGCGCCAAGGAGAUUUCAGAGCUAGCUCAACAGUGCAUAGACGAUUUAGAUGAGCAUAGCAAGAGUCUCGAUGCUUCGGCGGAACAAGAGUUAUCAAAGCUUAAGCGCUGGUUCGCUGAGCUCGCUCGGUCUCUCUUUGACAAAGAGACUGUUGUUAAACCUAAGCCGCACACCAUGACCAGACGGAUCUCCAUGUAG